CAAACUGGCACUAACCAAAAUUUUCACCCUUAACAUGCACGCGUAUGCUCUUCUUUUUAAUACUCUCUCUCUCUCCUCUCAUCCUUUCCUCUUCUUCUCUUUCUCUCUCCUAUAAUUUUGUUGUUCUUUCUUCACUAAAUCAUAUUCCUAACCCACAAAAUCAACACCUUUUGUCUUCUUUUUCCAUAUUCCCCUGUUCUGUUUUGUUUCUUUUAGCUACAGAGGAAACCAAACACAGCAUAACAAAAUAUAAUGUAUAAUUGGGAGUAUGAGAAUUCCAAACUUAAGCAUUCUUCACAUCAAUAUGAUCCCAAAUCCUCUUUUUUCAACAAAUUCAAAACCCAUCAUCACUCUAAAUCUCACCAAAAUGAAGAUUUCAAACCAAAAACACCCAAAAAAACAACACCUCAAGAUGACAAAAUGUCCAGUCUUAGAAGGGCGUGUUUGGUUGAGAAAUGGAUGGAUAAAAAAGUUACCAACAAAGUCAUUGCUAGAGGAGAGAGAAAAUCAAGUUCAAGAUCAUCAUCAACAACUUUAAUUGAAGAAUUUGAUUUACAAGAUGCUUUAUUUUUCAGUAGUAGUACUACUAAUUCUACCUCUUCUUCUUCUUCUGAAAUUGAAUACUCUGUUUUUUCUCACCCCAAACAAAAACCUAAAGUAACUUGUUUUGCUCCUCCUAGACCUAAACCAAUCAAAACUCGCACAAUUGAGUCAAAAUUUCUCAACCAAUUUAGUGAAGAAGAAGAAAAAGAUGCAGAUUUUAUCAAAAAUAGAUCAAAAGCAGCUAACUUUUACUCAAAUCUCAAGAAUUUGAAACAACCCAUUUCACCUGGUGUAAGAUUAACCAGUUUUAUCAACUCAUUAUUCACAAAAGACGGUAAAAACAGCAAAAAAAGCACCAUUAUUACAAAACAGGGUAAAAAAACAGAGGAAAGUAGAACUACAUCUUCUUCAACUUGUUCUUCAGCUUGUUCAUUUUCAAGAUCUUGUUUGAGUAAAACUAAGAAGUUCCAAGAUGAUGGGAGUAAACGAACUGUCAGAUUUUGUCCUGUGAGUGUUAUUGUUGAUGAUGAUUCUCAAGCGUGUGGAUAUAAAUCGUUGAGAGAAGAGAAAAGUGGAAAUCAUUUGAACACAAAAAUGGGGAGAUCAUUAUCAAAAAGGUAUGAAGAAUUGAAGAAAUUUAAUGGGUUGGAGAGAGAAAAUCAUAAGUUACAACAACAGAAGAAGCUUGAAGAAGUUGCUUUGGAUUUAUUAAGUGGGUAUUGGGAUGCUAGAUUGAAUAAAUCUAAUGAUAAUGAUGAUAAUUAUGGUGAUAAUCAAGGUGUAAAUUAUGAUCAAAAUGAAGAUGAAGAUGAUGAUGAUGGUGGGUUUAGUUGUUCGAGUUCCGAUUUAUUUGAGUUAGAUCAUCUUUCACUUAUUGGAAAUGAAUUGCCUGUUUAUGAGAGUACUCAAUUUGAUAACAAAAUUGUGUAGUUUUUGUUAAUUUAGUGAAUUAGUGGGGGGAGAAAUGUAGGCAGAAAAUAAUUCGAGUACAGCAUUCUUUUGUUGUUCAAGUAGCAUUUUUUUUUUUGGGUUGUGUUUGGUUUGUGUUUACGUUCUUUUUUUUGGAUAAUUGUGGUAGAAAAUUUUCACUAACGUAUUUGUAAUUUGUAGAUUUGACCUAAUUAAACUUUCUUGAAGGGAAUGAGAAAAAUAUCAUUUUAGUGAUGGAA